AUGUACUUCGACACUGGCUGGCUUUGUGGGCUCCCCCUCACAUGGACAAUUUUGCAUUUUUGCUCCUGGUUUUUGGGAUGCCUGCAAUCACUGCAGGCCAUCGCUGCGGAGCUGUUUGCCAGGCUCCUCGUGAGUUGGUUCUUUUUUGGAAUUUGCCAUUGGCUUCUGCCACAUCGCUCUACGGCGUGGUGCUUUGGCCUUGGUGCGGUGCUGGGCGGCCUCCUGGCUGACCUAGCCUCCUGGAGUGGCGCAUCUCUUUGCACAUUUUUUCUGCGGCGCCACCGCGGUGGCAGCAAAUUGGUUUGGCGCGCUCAAUGGAUCUGCUGUCGACGCUACCGGUGCUCUCGCCUUCAUAUGCAACGAGAGCCACCAUGUUCAGUGGCCUUUUUGGCAGGGGUGAUCCGUGCUCGACACGUUCCCUGCCUUCGCCUGACCGCGCAACUGGUCUUGCCACUCCUGAGGGGGGGCGGCGCAGGCGGCAAGCAUGAGGCCCUUCUGCAAGGCCUUUCGGCACUUCUGGCUGACAACCCUUCCGAAGAGGAGGACCCGGCCACUGAAGAUUUGCUGCAUGAUUUGCAACAGUUGCUCCAUCGACGACCUCGCAAUGUCUUACAGGAGUUGAAGAGCUUGGUUCGUAAACACACCAAACCUUGCAGUCCAGCACAGCCUACAUCUGCUUCUCGCUCCUGGUCCGAAGUUGUGCGGGGCAAUGCCUCUACAGUAUACCGAAGUGAUGCAUUUGCGCAAAAUUUGGCACGACACGAAACCAAUGAAGCAUGGCACCUCUGGCUUGGCCGUGCCUUUAAUCUCUCAUCUAGCAUCCAGCCAUAUACGCCUGCAUCCUGCGCGGUCCUCCCUGGGCCACAGCAUGACCGUGAUCAAAUUUUUGCGCAGAUGCGCCGCAUGCGCCAACUGGUCGCGGCUGCUGAUGCCACUGGGUGGACCCCUGAUGCCCAUUCCCAGUACGAAUCUUGCGAGGCCACCCUGGCCAACAUGGUGGCCGCCAAGCGGACUGCCGCGCUUGACCAUUGGCGAAGCCGUAUGCGAGACAUGCAGUGUGCAGCCCGCUGGGUCCGGCACAGCGAACUGCCUUCCCCUUGCUUCCUUAACAGUGAUGGUUCCCCUGCCAUGAGCCCUAAAGAGCAAGGUCAUGCCAUUUCUAGGGAGUGGACGACCCGCUGGACCGAGUCCUCAGAGGCUGACUUGCCUGCCCAGCUGACUGAGGCUCAGGUAUUUGCUGCAUCCUUAGCAUCAGAGGCCACCCCAUUCGUGGCUCCGCCAGUUUGGACUCUCACAGAUAUCACUGCAGCCUUGCGCACCACUGCGGCUGGUUUGGAUGGUUUGACAUUUCAACAUUUUCGGAACCUAGACCAAAUAUAUCUUCAAGCCCUAGCAGAUUUUUACACUGCCCUGGACCGAGGCAUGCCGUUCCCCAGUUCCUGGUCACAAGCCCGGCUGGUGUGCAUUCCCAAAGAAGAUGGAGGUACCCGACCCCUGACGGUGCUCCUCGUCGUAUACAGAAUGUGGGCAUCCCGGGCAGCCCGAAUUUUAGCUGAGUGGUGCAUACCUUGGUUCUCUCCACAGUUGAUUGGUGGCCUGCGAGGCAGCCCUCCUGCUUCAGCCACGGCCAACUUAGUUUCAGCUUAUUUAGCUUCUGCCUAUAAGAAAGAAUUUCUUGCUGGCGCUUGCCUGGAUACUGUAAAAUGUUUUGAUUCCAUCAGCCUAUAUAGCCUCGAAUUGUUGUGCCGGGCAUGCCACGCCCCACAAUUUCUUUUGAACAUCUUGCGCCUUUGGCAUAGCCUGCAGCGCCACGUCUGGACGCCAGAUGGACCCACGGGCGUUGUCAUUCACCUGCCCAGGCAGAAAGGCAUCCCUCAGGGGGAUCCAGUUGCCCCAUGGGCACUAAACUUGGUCAUGGCUGCUUGGAUCCGGGGACUGCCGUCCCUCACGUUAUGUCGUGUCUACCUUGAUGACCGUUGCCUGCUUGACACACGGGUUGCUCGCCUGUCUUGCGCCCUGGAUUACACCAGCAUUUUUGAUGCAACAUUCGGCAUGCAGGUAACCUUGAAAUAUUUGGGUGUGCAACUUGAAACCACCGCCAAUAGUCCCUACAUGAUAGGCCCGCACAGCUGCUCUUGGAAUUGCCAGACUGAUUCGAUGAUCCCUUCGUUUGCUAGUUCCUCCCUGCGGUUCGGUUCAGAUGGCACUGCACUGGGUGUCAGAUAUGCACGGUUCCUUGCAGAUGCCCUGUGGUCUCGACGUCGACGCCACUAUGCGGGUAAGAUUCAGGUACUUCGGCGUGAAUGGGACCUGGCUGCCACUGUUCCUGGGCCACGUUCCUGUGCUUUGCCCUCUUGUUUGCCUCGCUGCUUGCGACAAUGCGGUGUAGUUCCUUCUCAUUUGCCAGGCAUUAAUACUCAACAGAUUGCUGCGCUUGAGCGCUACUUCGUUGUGAUCCUCCGUGUGUGGGCGGAGUCCAGAGAUGGUUGA